AUCCAGUACGGUAUUUGACGGAAGUUAUUCGUUUGCAAUUAAACAGUACGGUAACCGUUUACAAGCAGUCACUGUCACGUGAUCAGUAAAGCGGAAGGCGGAAAAGUUGAAUUCAGUCAACGAAUUGGAGAUGGGUGACCGUGCUUCAAUGAAGGAUGUUUUCAUCCAGUGUCAAACUGGUCUUCAGGGACAUGGCAAACUGAUGAAAACUCUCAAUAAGAUUUAUGACAAGACAGAAUUUGAGGCAUUCUGGUCAGAAUUUCAGCAUUACCUUAAAUAUGCCAUGAUCAUAUUUAAGAGAGAACCAGCUGUUGAACGAAUGAUUGAUUUUGUCUCCAAGUUUGCUCCAACUCUCUGCAAGAAGACUGUUGAAAAAGGUGUAGAGGAUGGAGAUGAUACUCUGGAAGAAGAGGACAGUGUUGCUGAUAAUAGGCUGUUACAGGAAAUGUUUGACUUUUUGCUGUCUUCUCACAGUGCGAGGGAACGUGGUGUAAGAUUCCGAUGCUGUCAGCUGAUCAAUAAACUAUUGGCAAACCUGGGUGAAGAUGCCCAGAUAGAUGACGAGUUAUAUGACAGACUGUAUGAGUGUAUGUUAGAGCGACUGAAGGAUAAAUGUCCAAUGGUGCGCUACCACGCUGUAAAUGCCAUGGCAAGACUUCAAGAUCCUUCGGAUGACAAUUGUCCAGUUAUAAAAGCGUAUUUGUUUUUAUUGAACUGUGAUCCAAACGCUGAUGUUAGACGGGCCGUGUUAGCAUCCAUAGCGCCAUCUACAAAGACAUUGGCUAGCAUUAUUGGACGUACAAGGGAUGUCAAAGAUACUGUAAGGAAGACUGCGUAUGAGGUCCUGGCAGAGAAAAUCCACAUUAAAGCAUUAUCAAUAGCCUCUAGACUUCAGCUUAUUAAUGAAGGACUGAUUGACAGAAGUGAGAUGGUACAGCAAGCAUGUUCUGGUAAAUUGUUACAAGCAUGGAUGAGAACUGUGGGUGGUAACAUUCUCGACUUGUUGAAGAGUUUGGAUGUGGAGGAUUCUACAGAUAUCUGUACUAGAGUCCUCGAAACAUUGUUCAAGGCAAGCUCCAUUCAGGACAUGAUGACCAGUUUUAACAUUUUAGAUGAGAAGCUGCUGAUACCAACAGAUGUUUUGAACAGUGAGAGCGCCCUCUACUGGUAUGCAGUGUGUAAGUUUAUUCAUGGCAUGGGAACUGAUGGUGAUGAAUAUAUGGAGAAAGUUCUGCCUACAGCUGUAGACUUUUGUGCCUACAUGCAGAGGUAUGUAGAUGAGUUGAAGACUGUAGAAGAUCCGGAGAUACAGCUCGGACGAGAGUUCAUCAUUGAGCAGUUACUGUUGAUCACCAGUUUCAUGGACACUGCUGAUGUGGCAAGCAAGAAAGCAUUAGAGACGCUACUACACAAUAUGUUGAUGGCGGAUCACGUUAGCCACAGACUGGUGAAGUUUAUCAUCACACAGAUCUGUUCUCUCAGAGGGAGUGGAGAGAAUAUGGUCGCAUAUUUUGCUGAGACAGUGUCGGAAAUACGUGAACCAAUCACUGUUGUGGAGAAAGACAUUGAAGAGGAAAAGAAAAGGCAGAUUAACCUGAAGAUUGCUGGUAUUAGAGUACAGUUGAACCAGUUAAGAGAAGAUCUAGACGAAGCUGUGAAGGGCCAGGAUUUCGAGAAAGCUGCCAGUAUUAAGUCAAGUAUUGCCCAACUAGAUGUUGAGAAACGUGAGCUUUUAGAGACGUCAGAACCUGUCAGGGAGGAAAUUAGAACGGAGAAGAAUGACCCAUUCACUCUCAUGAAAUGUCAGACGAUCAUCUCAGAGAUGUUACAGCAACUUAAACUAAACAAUGUUAGUUCUACACUCCAGAUGAUGAUUGAAUCUCAGAUUGUGCCAGGGAUACAGAACGAGGAUGCUGAAGUCAGAAACAUGGCCAUGCAGGGUCUUGGACUUUGUUGUUACCUCAGCAAGGAUCUACUUGUCACAUACAUACCACUGUUCAUGCAGGCGUCUCAAAUAGAUGUUGAAGGUGUAAGAGUGACAGCGUUACAGGUUUUGUUUGAUCUGUUAUUGAUAUAUGGGCUAGAGAUUGUAGAUGCUAGCGAGGGAUCGUCUAACGAGUCUGCAGACAACCGGAACAGUGUGGACGGGAUAACGUCAGAAACUGCCAGCUCCUCCAGUGACUCUAGAAACGGAACAGCCAGUAAACUUGUGGCUAUUAUAUGCUCAUUCCUUGAUGGAGAAAGCUCAGACCUUAGAACUUGUGCCGCUGAGGGUCUGUCAAAGUUACUGUUAUCAGGUCGAGUUGUAUCCUCCAAAAUCUUGUCUCAUCUGGUACUGCUGUGGUAUAACCCUCUCUCUGAGGACGAUACUCAUCUUCGAGACUGUCUUGGAACUUUCUUCCCGCUGUAUGCACUUGCUUCAAGGAGUAACCAAGAGGUUGUGGAGGAAGCAUUUUUACCGACACUUCGUACAUUACUGAAUGCUCCUGCUACAAGUCCUCUAGCAGAGGUAGAUGUUAACAAUGUCGCAGAACUUCUUGUUCAACUCACAAAUACAAAACUGUUGACGGCCAAUCAAAACAAUACAGAAAUCAGCUUGUCAUUGCUCGAAGACAGUAUUAGGAUGGACAACCCUGGUCAUGACAAUCUGUCUGAGACGGUGUGUAACGAGAUACUGUCUAAACCAGAGUCGGCACAUGUAAAACUGUGGGUGCGAAUACUCAACCAGAUGGACGUAAGCCCAGAUAAUGAAGUUGUUCUUAAAGACUUAAGGAUUUUAGCCUAUAAAAUGGCAAAGACUGUGAAAGAAAAGACAUGUUUGAAAGGUCUUCAGAAAUUUGAGGCUAGAAUUAAUGAGCUGGCAAGUAAAUUUGUCAGUGAUAACAACGACCUGGAGAACAUUGAGAUUGAAUCAGUUGGAGGGCAUACAGAUGACAGUGCUGAUGAGACUCAUGAUACAUCUUCCAUGACACCAAAACGUAAACGUGUAAGAGGCCUAUAUUCACAAAACAUGACACUAGCAAUGGAGUCUGAAGCAGAGAUAGACAUUGCAGAUGAAUCUGCAGUAGAGGUUGACGCCUCUUGCUUGAUGAGUCGAACCUCCGUAGAAACACCUUCCAAACGCAGUAGGAAAAAUACUACAACCACUGAGCUAGCGGAGGAAGAUGUUUUUCUUGUUCCUAAUGAACCACAAAAACCGGCUGAAGAUGUUAACAAAGAGUCGGCCGAGGAUGAUGAGAAACAAGUAAGUGAAACAGGAGAAACAGCUAAAUCAAAAUCUUCACAAUCAAAGUCACCCGAGCGUGGAAGACCUGCUGAGAAAAAAGCUGCAUCACCAAAGAAAACCAGUCCACGCAAAUCUCCAGCCAAAUCCCAGGAGAAGAGAAAAGCUUCAAGAUCUCCAGCUGGCGUUUCCCCAGAGAAAAGACUGACAUCUGAAUCUCCAGCUAGAAGAUCGCAGGAAAAAAGAAAGGCCUCGAAAUCUCCAGCUAGAGACAAGAAGAGAGUAUCAAAAUCUCCAGCCAGAUCAGCAUCUAGUAGUAGAAGAAAAGGCUCAAAGUCUCCCGAGAAGAGGAUGUCUUCAAAUUCUCCAAUAAAAGAGGCUGGAGAACGAAGGGCGUCCAAGUCCCCUGUAAAAUCCCCUGUGAGAGGCAAUGCAGAAAAAAGAAAGUCAUCGUGUUCUCCUAACAAAACUUCAGGUAAGAAGGACGACAAGGGUUCCCCAGCUCCUGCUAAAAAGUCAAAGGAAUCGGAGAAGGCUGCAGCACCAAAGUCUAAGAUGCCACUUGCGAAAAAGAAUGCUGAAGAGUCCAAGAAAAGUCAGUCACCUGAAAAGAAGAAGGGUGCUGCAAACAUUCAGGACAAAAAUAAAGGGAAAGCUAUGGAGAAGAAUGUAAGAAAAGCCUUACCUAAAUCAGUUGCUUCAGAGAAAACAAGAUUGACUGCGUCAGCUUCCUCAGAAUCAAGGUCACCAAGACUAGCUAGAGGUGUGAAGCCUAAUGACACUGCUAAAGUCUCUGCCCCUACCAACUCCCCUAGGCCUCACCGUAAAGCAGGAAAUAGUCUUGCGGCUGAUACACCAGAGCAGGUGACAAGGAGAGUUUCAACACGAUCAUUGGCAAACACACCCGAUACAAGUUCCCAGAGAGGAAAAGGAACACCCAAAGGAAGAUCUGUUCUGGAAACACCAGAAAAUGUUAUAAAACAGAAGUCAGAACAGAAGAAAGCUCCAAAUGUUAGAGCUGGUGCGGCUAUACCGGUUGUUGCGUUAAACAAGGUUAAAACACCCCAAAUUCGGGUUACACGAGGAACACCUAGGGCUUCAGCUAGUUCAGCCUCUGAAUCGUCUCCUGAAAAAGUAGUGAAAAGUACACCGAGGACUACCAGAGCCAAGGUUCUCAGUACUGAUGAUUCUUCCACAAGCUCUCCAGACUCUGUAAAGCAAAGUAAACCUGCUAAAGGUAAGCCAGCAAGUGAGAAGAAGACAAUUGUCGACACAACAACUGAUGAUGAUGAAGAGGAAGUUUCUUUCAGACGUAGAGCAAAACCAUCGAGACGUAGUGCCACAGCCUCUGCCUCUACAAGUAUGGUAACAACACCACAAGUGGGUGGUCGUACUACAAGGUCUUCUCUGUCACAAAGCUCAAUAGAGAGCCCGACCGUAAGGUCGCCUAGGAAUCCAAGACCUGGUGUUCCUGUUACCAAGCAACCAGUAAAGAAAGUUCCGACAACAACUAGCGAAAAGCCCCAACAGACAACUGCAUCUCGCAGAGUUGCUAGAGGAGGUGAGAGCUCUCAAAGCAGUACCAUAUCAUUAAUAUCCUCUCAAAGAACAACAACCUCUUCUCAGAGGUCAACAAUUUCCUCCCAGAGGUCAACAAUUUCCUCACAGAGGUCAACAACAUCUACAGUUUCAGGUAAAAGUGACAGUUCUAAGACGUCGAAGUUGCCGAGCCGUUCCAGUGCCACAAAUGCCAGUAGGAGGUCAAAGUCUGCAGAUAGCAGUAAAACCGAGAAAGUUACUGCCCCUGUAACCAAGGUAACAAGAUCAGCUGUUGCUACUAGACCUACAAGAGAAACCAAAACGGAACCUGGUAAAUUAAAAAGACCAUUGAGGAGCAAGCCAUCGGAUAGAAAAUAAUGGACCACAUUUUGGAAAAUACAAUCACUCGAGGAUUAUUUAUUUUACUUUCUUGUGCGAGAUGUGUGCGAUAAAAAGUGAAAUUGAAGUUACAGUUACCGAUGAUAAACAAUUUCAUUUCAUCACAAAACAUCCUAGCAAAGAAGCCAAAAUAUUUUUUAUUUGACACAUAAAAACAAUCACUAAAUAUUCUUCUAAUUAAAUUUUUGUAUAGUACGUAAUAAUAUAUAUGCUGUCUGCAAUAAUCUUGAAAAAUAAUGAAGUUGAAUCUCCUGUGUUAAUUGUAGAGCCCAUUGACGAGUGAUUAUAUAAUAUAAUGUAAAAGACAUUUCUAUUUAACAUACACUUUAAUUGAUGAGGGAAAGAAUAAUAUAUAUGACUGAAGCAAUAUUCUUAACUUGUUUAAUUCUGUAAUGUAUUUGUAUGUAUGUGUACUUCCUUUUACUAUAGUUCAAAAUAUGUAGUUGUUACACAGUUACACUAUUUUGUCCUGUCUUUCUGUCUGAUUUUGUACCCUGAUUCUUUGUUAUAAGCUAGCUGCCACACGAACAGUAUAUCUAUGCCAGCAGUAUAGAGCCAGGCCAGUGUGUAUAUCAUUGUAGUGUGCCAAGGCUUUUAUACUGGGCACUACUCAAUUUUAGUACUUUGAUAACUGAAAUCCUGUAAAUUACUAAAAAUAUGAUCCUUUUACAAAUUAAGCUUUGUAAUGGUUAAACUAUAUUGUAUAUGAUCAGUAAUGAGUAUAAAAUGUAUAAUUUUGCAACUUUGGUUUACAUUCUAGUAUCUUCUCAUUGAUUAUAUUUAAAUGAAUUUUUAAUGUUAUCAAAUCUGUAAACAAAUUUUUUACAUUUUAUUGAACUAUUUUCGUGAACUUAAUUGAUUAAAUUAAUUAUUGAAUUAAAUGAAGUUUUAAUAAUGUAACUUUUCAUAAUAAACUGUCGUGUAUAAAAGAUGUCA